GCCGGGGGUCACACGCCGGCCCGUCCGUCCGCCCGCCGCGGCAGCAGCCAUGGGGCCGCGGGAGCCGCGCCGCCGGCUGGAGGCGGUGCUCGGCGCCCUCUACGACUUGGGUGAGGAGCCCGGCGACGCUCGGGGCGCUGCGGAGGACGGCGAAGCGAGAGCAGUGCCGCCGUCAGCGGAGAAAGAAGAGGAGGAGGAGGAAGAGAGACGAGAGCCACAGCAGGGCGGGCGGCGCGGGGCCCGCGACUUCUUCGGGGAUUUGCGGGCCGAGCUGAGCGCGGCCGGCCCUGCCCCGCCGCCCCCCGCCGCCAGGCCCGCCGUGGAGGUCGUGGUGUUCCGCGGGAGGAAGAGGAAGGAGCGGCACGGCCCCUCGGCAGCGCCCGCCGGCGGAGCACAGACCCAAAUAGUGAAUGAAGAGAAAAAUGCAGUCAGACAAGAAUUUAACUUUGAAAAGGCUCGCCUGGAAGUGCACAAGUUUGGAAUCACUGGCUACAGGAAGCAAGAGCAACGUGCUUGGGAACGGGAGCGCGCUAUCAUGCUGGGCGCCAAGCCCCCCAAAAAGGCAUGUGUGAACUACAGGACUUACCAAGAGAAACUGAAAGAGAAAAAAGCAGCGAAGGAUGCUAAUAAGGAAAAGGAGCAUAAAGGUGAUUCUCUGAAGAAGAAGAAGAAGCAGAAAGAGCAGAAGGAGAGGAAGGCCAAAAGGAAGAAAUCAGUGCCUAGCAUUUGGCCUGCAGGACAAGUUGGAAAAUUCAGAAAUGGGACCUUGAUUCUGCAAAGUCGUGACAUAAAGAAAAUUAAAUCAUCUAAAGUUAGCAAAUGAACUUCAUGAUACAGAGUGAAAUGGACAAUAUGCAUAAGAGAAUUCACAUUGCUACCAACACAGACUUCUGGGGCCUUUUGCCUGUCUACCAUAUCCUAAUUUUUUAAUCUUAUUUGUUGUUGCAGGAUUUUUCUGUACCAUUCUGCCUUGGGAUGAAUAUUAGAAUUUACCAUUUUAUAAAUAAAAAGCAGAGUUCUUACUAAGAAGGUUAUACGGGCUAUUUUUAUUUUUACUAUUUUUUUCAAAUCAGCUUCUUGGCUGUAAGUAAAAUACUCAUUUGAUUCAUAAAUUAAUGGAUUAAUAUAUAUAGCUUUAAUUUCAUAUAGAAGGAAUAUAGAAAAAGCAAUAUCUUACUCACUCUGAGUCAGAAGUAGGUGUUCUCCAAACAUUUAUUGGACAUAAAUCUGUUUCUGUAUCCUUUUGGAUUGUUAGUGGAUUUAUGCAUAUGCAUAUUAUGCAUUAUGCAGUGGAACUGCACAAUGAUUUUUCUGUCCAGUAAAACCUCUUAAUGUUUCAAAACUA